AUGACAGAUACGGUACUCCCAUGUCUGUCAUUCGACCGGUUGGAAACCGGUCUUGAUCAUCUGGAAAUUCCCCCAGAAGAAGAAGAAGAUGGUGAAGAAUCCAUGUCGAAUUUUCCCCAUGGAUAUAGAAUUGCGAAAGCAAGGGUAUAUUCUCGGUCCGAUGUCGAACCUGGACCACUUGGACCGAAAAUAAAGGAGAUGAUGUCUCUUCCUUCUUCCAAUGAGAUUCUCAUUUUCGUAUAUAAGAUUAAGGAGAUGAUGGAGGGGAGAAAGAAAGAAGAUAGUAUCUGGAUCCGGAUCUAUGGGAUGGAUCGGAGCUUGAUAGAGGGUAUAACAGGAGUUUGUGGUCUUCCACCUAACACAAUAUUCCAUCAUCUCCUCUACUCUCAACACCGACAUCAUCGUCCUGAAUCAUUCAUUCACCCUACCUAUGUAUCAAUGCAGUUUCCAGUAUACGGUACCCUCACUUCGAUAAGGCAGGCGGUGAUGGAGGCGAAAUUCAACAUAGACUACGACGAGACAACUAUUCCUAAGAGAUCGGAAGCUAGUAAAUUGGCUUUGGCAGAUACAGAAGUAGACGAGAUGAUCAAAAAGGGAUCUAUCAGUGUAUUCGUCAUUCCUUCAUUGAAUAUCGUCAUAACUGUUACACCUGAAAGCUAUAUGGAUCCAGCAACACGCAUGACAGAGUAUGCUGCUUAUUCCCAACCGAAUGUUCCCGGUCAGAUUGAUAUACUCGUCAAUUCCGAGUUACUUGGAGCAAGUCUUUUACAUAGGUCUAUUGGACACGCUUCAAACACCGUACGAGAUAUCGCGGCGCUGCUGAAAGUCUGGGAGAACAACGCAAAGUAUCACUACUCUACUACAAGAACAGCAGAGAUACAUCGUCUGAUCAAUCACCUCAUCACAUGUCAAGAUGAAUUACAAGAUCUACAACCUGUUCACGAAAUGCUCCUGAAAUACUACAGAGAGAAGGAUGUUUCAGGACAAGUAUCGGAGGUCAUUGAUAUCGAUGUGGCUGCCCGGGCUGUUGUUAUGAUUGAACAAAGUCAAAAAGCACUGCACAGGGUUUUGAACGAAUUGCAGAGAUUGAUAGAGAGGGGGAUUCGCCUGGAGACCUUCUGUCUGAACAUGUUGUCGUCCCGAGCAAACGAUUCGAUGGAGAGAUUGGCGAUAGUGACAAUAGUCUUCCUUCCGCUGACAUUCAUGGGUUUCACCGACUUUAGCGUCCUCAGCCAAACCCCUGUAUAUUUCUGGAAGAUUUCCGUCCCACUUUCGUUCGUGUUCUUCUUCAUAUUCGCAUAUUCCAAUCUCAAACGAUUUUUAAGAUUUAUCUUUCACUUCUUGAUCAAGGGAUUUAGACGGGCGAGGUCUCAGAGGGUUUUCGAGAGUUUGAUGAAAUGGUGGUGGCAGGAAAAGAUCAAGAGGAAAGUUGAGAGGGAACAAAAAGUCUAUUCAAGAUCUUUACGACAAUUUCAAGACUCACUGCCACCCGGACCGGUACGAUAUCUACCACCAUCUGGAUCAUCAUUUGGACAAGUACAGUGGUCACCACCACCUGGUCCACCUCCACCUCCACUUGCUAUCCCGCUCGGUCAACCUCUUCGCCCUCUGCCUGAUCUGUCACCUAUCGCACUGGGAACGGACGGAACGGUACCUGCUUGGAGUCAGUUUCAACCUGUGCCAGUGUCUGACAUGCCGAAUCCAUGGUCAGGAAUGCCUAUCCCAUGGUCAGGAAUGCCGAUACCGUUGCCAGAAAUGCCGAUCCCAUCAUCUGGCAGGAAGAUUCCUAGAUCGAAAAGAGCCAGACGUUAG